AAAACGAGCACAGUCGAUAUUUUAGUCUGAGAAACAGAGUCAAUUCAAAUUAGAGAUAAAACAUGUUCCCAGCAAUUGUUACUAAAUUAUUUUUACUGAGUGUAUUUGCAGCUUCAAUACAUUGCGAUGAAGGAGAGUAUUACUGGAGACCAUGGACCUCCGGUUCACCGCCUUCGGACGCUGUCACUGCGCGCGACUACAGGGGCGUAUCAUACAUAGUAGAGGGCUACGUACCAAAUCGUGGACUGUACAUCGGCCAAGCCUUUGCUAACCAGCACCAAGUGAACGUAUCUGUUUCUAACUCAACCAGAUCGUCAACUUUUAUAGUAGCAGAUAGUCGUUCUUUAAAGGUGCUCUGCGCUAAGAACUUGGAAAAGCUAGCGUGGUACCCUAUAACCUACUCUACCCUCCAAAAUGAAUUAGUCACAGCUGUCAUAAAUCCGGUUCUUGGUGGUUUCAAUGCCGACGACCAAGUGGUAUAUAUCGGUAGGUUCGUGGAUAACAGCAGAAGGAUUGUAAUCCUGGGAAGCGUCGUUCAGGAUAACUACUUGCACUACCACUACGGCGGUAAAGCUUACUUGCAAGGGUAUUACGAAAUACUUGUUAUAGGCAGUAAAUGUAUAUCUUAUUAAAUUAAGUUUAUGCUAUUUUAAAUGUUAUUAUUUAGUACAAACGUGUUAGUUUCCAUAGCUAUGUAAGUUUUCCUUUAAUAAAUCAUUUUUAUAUGCA